CCGUUGACGGCACAAGGGACGGACGGGGUUGGCGACGCACUAAAUGCAUGAGGCGGUCGGCCACAGGAAGGGGACUCUUUCGAUGCUGCGAUCGCCGUUAUAGCACAAUGGCAUCCCUCUCCUCUCCUCUCCGAGGACUACGAUCCGCCGUCAUGCGGAGUGCUGGCUUGGCGCACUGACGAAGCUUUCACGCGAAAGCAAAGCUGUGCAAAUUGCAACACCUCUUCUCUCUCCUUCUCUCCAUAUGCUGCCAAUUGCCGUUCUCUAUAAAUGAAAAAGCACACUCAACACCAUACCCCUCGCUCGCUGUAACCAUUGCUCUUUCUUUCUCUCUCUCUCUCUCUCUCUCUCUCGCUCCAACUGCGGAUAGAGAUGGUGAAGUUCUCGAAGGAGCUGGAGGCACAACUGAUCCCCGAGUGGAAAGACGCGUUUGUAAACUACUGGGCACUCAAGAAGAACGUGAAGAAGAUCAAACUGCUCCGGGAAUCGGCGGUUGUCAACGCCGCACGCGGGGAUGGGGGAGGAGUCUUCUCCCUCUUGAAUCCCUUACGUCGCGUCGGGCUGCAGAUCGCCGAUAAAUUGUUUCGGAAAGGCGAGAUGGAUGGAGACAUCAUUCAGGUAAGAGGAGGGGAUGAGGAGAAUUGGUACGAGACGGAUCUGGAGACCUUGUUCACGGAGGACGACGAAGUGAAGGAAUUCUUCGUACGCUUGGACGAGCAACUGAACAAGGUCAACCAAUUCUACAGAACCAAGGAGGCUGAGUUCCUGGAGAGAGGGGAGAUCCUCAACAAGCAGCUCCACAUCCUCCUCGAUCUCAAGCGCGUUCUCCAUGAACGCCACCGGAAGAUGUACUCAUCCAAGAGCGGCUGCGGGACGUCGCCGCCGGGUUCCAUGUCGCCGUCCCUUCGAGGCUCCGAAUUUACCGAGAGCGCGACGGAGGCAGACGACACGGGCGGGGAGUCGCCGAUGGUGGCGGUGGAGAGGGUGAUGGGCCCGGUGGGAAGGGGGAAGGUCAAGCCCGGCAGCAAGGGAGGGAAGGCCAACAAGGCGGUGGGGCCCGGGGGCAUGCGGAUCGACAUACCGGCGACCACGCCCACCAGGGCCCUCUCCGCCCUCACCCAGUCGCUGUGGGAGGACGUGGUCACCACGCCCAAGAAGGACGGCUCCGGCGAGGCACUCAACCGGAAAAAGGUCCAGUGCGCAGAGAAGAUGAUCCGCGGCGCCUACGUCGAGCUCUACAGGGGCCUCGGCCUCCUCAAGACCUACAGCUCUCUAAAUCUUGUGGCGUUCACGAAGAUACUCAAGAAAUUUGAUAAGGUUUCGAGUCGGCAAGCUUCUGCAACGUAUUUGAAAGCAGUGAAAAGAUCGCAUUUUUUGAGUUCAGACAAGAUUGUUAAGUUGGCGGACGAGGUGGAAUCCAUAUUCACCAGGCACUUUGCUAGCAAUGAUCGGAAAAGAGCAAUGAAGUUCUUGAGGCCCCAAAGCCAAAAGGACUCCCACAUGAUCACCUUUUUAGUAGGUCUGUUCACGGGCUGCUUCUUGACCCUCUUCACCGUCUAUGCUUUCCUGGCCCACCUCUCCGGCAUGUACUCCUCCUCCACCCAAUCUGAUUACAUGGAAACCGUCUACCCCGUCUUCAGCAUGUUCGCGCUGAUCAGCCUGCAUGUAUUCCUGUAUGGAUGCAACGUCUGCGCAUGGAGAAGCACCAGGAUCAACUACACCUUCAUCUUCGAGUUCUCCCCCACCACCGCCCUCAAGUACAGGGACGUCUUCCUCAUCUGCACCUCCAUCAUGACGCUGGUCAUCGGCGGAAUGGUGGCUCACCUCAUCCUCCGCACAAAUGGCUUCUCCCCACAGUAUGUCGAUGCCAUCCCUGGUGUCCUCCUCCUGAUCUUCACCGGCUUGCUUAUCUGCCCUCUCAACAUCUUUUACCGCUCCACCCGCUACUACUUCCUCCGUGUCAUGCGCAACAUCAUAUGCUCACCAUUCUACAAGGUGGUAAUGGUGGAUUUCUUUAUGGCGGAUCAGCUAACUAGUCAGGUGCCACUGCUAAGGCACAUGGAGUUCACAGCCUGCUAUUUCCUUGUGGGCGGCUUCAAAACUCAUCAUUCACAGACAUGCACCAACAGCAAGCUCUACAAGGAGCUGGCUUAUGUCAUUUCUUUCAUGCCUUACUACUGGCGUGCCAUGCAGUGUGCAAGAAGAUGGUUCGACGAAGGAGACCUGACCCACAUAGCAAACCUGGGCAAGUAUGUCUCAGCCAUGCUAGCGGCUGGAGCCAGACUGACAUUUGCAAUGCAGCCUACCCCUUUGUGGUUGGCCCUUGUUGUCAUCACCUCCACAGUGGCAACCAUCUACCAGCUCUACUGGGACUUUGUGAAGGACUGGGGGCUACUCAACCCAAGGUCCAAGAAUCCAUGGCUGAGGGAUGAUCUCAUUCUCAAGCGCAAGAGUGCUUACUAUGCUGCAAUUGGUAUAAACUUCGUGCUUAGGCUUGCUUGGGUGGAAGCAGUCAUGCACAUUAACGCCGGCAAGGUUGACCACAGAGUGGUGGAUUUUUUAUUAGCUUCACUUGAGGUGAUCCGCCGCGGACACUGGAAUUACUAUAGGUUAGAGAAUGAGCACUUGAAUAAUGUGGGCAAGUUCAGGGCAGUGAAGACAGUGCCGCUGCCAUUCCGCGAGAUGGAAGAAGAUGAUUAAGACUGCUGCAAGAAGAUUAUUAGACCUGCUGAUGCUUGAUUGAUGAUUAUGGGCUUGUGAUUCAAUUAGUGGGGCAGGACAAAGCCGAGCCAAAAGAUCCCAACUCAAUCAUGCGGUCGAUUCAUGUUCAUUGGAUCCAUCGUUCUUGUAGGGCCUUGCUGAACAAUGGUCCCUUCUGAAAGGGACCAUGGGCUUGUAUUCAUGACGCUAAGGAUCAAAUAGGUUGGUUUUGUAGAUAAUGGCAUUUGGAAUUUGAGCAUGAUUGGUUCCCGGGAUUUCCCAAAAGAUUGAACUAUCAUCCAUGCCUUCUAAUGGUUGGAAGCAGAGCAGUCCAAAUUCCACACUAGUAGUACUCAGCAAAUGGGGGGAAAAAAGAAAAGAAAAAAACAAUGAGUGCUUAUCUGAAAGGGGAAAACCCCUUGUCGAAAUGGCUUGAGCUGCAAAUCAAUUGAAAAGGCUAGUUUACUCUGUUUGCAGAAACAGAGAACCACAAAUUUUGGUUUGACCCAUCCAAAAGCUAAAUCAUUUUCCUGGGCAUUGAAGAGUAAACAGCUCUCUUUGCUACUGUCAUUGAAAGAGGACGUCAGAGAGGAAAAAAACAAAAUGCCAAAGGUGGGGUAACUGGUUGCUUUGUUUUAAUUUUGAUCUCGAAAGGUAGGUGGAGUACCGCUUUGCCAGCAUCAGAAUAGGCAUGUAAAUAAAAUUAAGUACGUUUCCAUGUAAGUUCCUCAGAAUUGCUCUU